UUGAACUUUUUUCAUGGUAUUGUGGAUGAAUCCGGAAAAGUGGCAAGCACUUUCGCUAUGGAUUCCUCAUUUCGAUUAAUAAACUUGACAAAUAUGCAAAAGUACAAUGCUUCCGACAGCCAAUCAAAAUCAAUGUUAAAUAUAGAGUUUUAG